AUGAUCAACGUACCAGUGACCCUCCUCUCGCUGUCGGCGGUAGCCACGGCUGCUGCUUUGGCCGAUGCCAACUCCCAGUCUACCAGCCCUAACCCAAGCCCACGACAACAUGCCAGAGAUACACUCCAGAAGCGUGCCAACUGCGGUGCUGGCAUUGGAAACUGCCCUUCCGGUCAAUGCUGCUCUCAAUACGGCUGGUGUGGCGUCACCUCUGAACAUUGCGGAACUGGUUGCCAAAGCGGCUUUGGAACCUGUACAGGUGGUGGAGGUGGAAACAAUGAAGAAACUCUGUCGACUCCUCGGCCAAAAUUUGGAAGCAUCCCCUAUGGCGUCACCAUCACCAACUGCAACGCCGCGGGCACCAUCGCCCUCACGUUCGACGAUGGCCCCUUCCUCUACACCAACCAGCUCCUUGACCUCCUCGCCCAGCAGCAAGUCAAGGCCACCUUCUUCACCAACGGCCUCAACUGGGGAGACGCAACCCAAGCACCAUACCCCGAUGUCCUGCGCCGCAUUGUAAACGACGGCCACCAGCUCGGCUCCCACACCUACAACCACCCAGACCUCAACACCCUCACCACCGCCGCCCGCAGAAGCAACAUGGCGCAAAACGAAAAGAUCUUCAAGGACGCCCUCGGCGGGUACUUCCCCACCUACAUGCGCCCUCCUUACGGCAGCUGCACCGGCCAGUGCCUCACCGACCUGGGCGACCUCGGCUAUCACGUCAUCAACUGGAACAUCGACACCCUCGACUACCAAGGCAACAUCCCCAACAGCCAAAACAUCUUCAACAGCGCCGUCAGCACCAACGCCGCGGCCAACAAGUACAUCGCCCUCGCCCACGACGUCCACCAGGCGACCGUUCAGCAGCUUGCCCUGGGUUUGAUCCAGACCGCCAAGAACAGGGGCUACCGUCUGGUGACUGUCGGCGAGUGCCUUGGUGAUGCUCCCGUCAACUGGUAUCGUGAUGCCACGACUGGCAAUGCUCGCACCGGCGGCGGUGGUGGCAGCGGCGGCAACCCCAACCCCGGCCCCAUCACCUCGACUAAUGGUCUCUGCGGCAGCACAAACGGCAAUAUGAACUGCCUCAACUCUGGGUUCGGCAACUGCUGCUCUCAAUGGGGCUUCUGCGGCUCUACCGCUGAGUACUGCGGUGCCAACUGCCAGCGGGCCUUUGGAAAUUGCAAUUAG